AUGUCGACUGACAAGAUCACCUUCCUCACCAACUGGCAUGCUACGCCUUACCACGCUCCGCUGUACCUGGCUCAGGCCAAGGGAUACUUCAAAGAUGAAGGCAUCAAGGUCGCUCUUCUCGAGCCCAACGACCCUAGCGAUGUUACCGAGAUCAUCGGCACCGGCAAAGUCGACCUCGGCUUCAAGGCCAUGAUUCACACUCUCGCCGCCAAGGCUCGCGACUUCCCCGUCCUCUCCAUCGGCAGCCUCCUCGACGAGCCCUUCACGGGCGUCGUCUACCUCAAAGACUCGGGCAUCACCACCGACUUCCGCUCCCUCAAGAACAAGCGCAUCGGCUACGUCGGCGAAUUCGGCAAGAUCCAGAUUGACGAGCUGACCUCGCACUACGGCAUGACGCCGGACGAGUACACGGCCGUGCGCUGCGGCAUGAACGUCACCAAGGCCAUCAUCGAGGGCACCAUUGACGCCGGCAUCGGCCUGGAAAACGUCCAGAUGGUCGAGCUCGAGGAGUGGCUCGCCGCCCAGGGCCGCCCCAAGACGGACGUGCAGAUGCUCCGCAUCGACGAGCUCGCCGAGUUGGGCUGCUGCUGCUUCUGCACCAUCUUGUACAUUGGCAACGAGUCCUUCAUCGCCGAGAACCCGGACAAGGUGCGCAAGUUUAUGAGGGCCGUCAAGAAGGCGACGGAUUUCGUGCUGGAGGCGCCGGAGCAGGCGUGGAAGGAGUAUGUCGACUUCAAGCCCGUCAUGGGCUCUGACUUGAACCGCAAGAUUUUUGAGCGGAGCUUUGCCUACUUCUCGCACGAUUUAAAGAAUGUCGAGCGCGACUGGACCAAGGUCACCAAGUAUGGCAAGAGGCUGGGUGUCUUGGACGAGAUCUUCAAGCCCAACUACACCAAUGAGUUCCUCGAGUGGACUCUUGAUGAGGACUCUGCGGACCCUACGGGUGACCAGAAGAGGAUGGUCGAGCUUCAGAAUGAGGUCUCUUGCCGUGGUGGUUUCCGCCGUUUGAAGCUUCAGCCUGCGGUCAAGGCCUGA